AUGGCGCCAGGGCAGAGUGACUCGCAAUAUGAUGCAAAAGAUUUAGAAUGGUAUCCUACUGCGUUUAUUGUGGUCACGGCGGAAGAUGUAGAUGAUACAGGGUUGCUUUUUGUCUACGUCGACGAUGAAACCGAAGACGACGACGAGACUGCAGAGUGUAGGACGGACAAAUUCUUCUUCAAGCAGGAAGAUGCAAAUAUGAUGUUGUCGAGUCUGGUCUAUGAUGACGAUACUUGUGCGAGGUCAAAGGAAAUAUAUGGAUAUUGA